GGGGACAGAGAGGGGUGGGAAGUGUGGGACAUGUGGGUAAUGUCUUAAAGAGAGGGGAGAGAGAGAGAGAGAGAGAGAGAGAGAGAGAGAGGGUAAGGGUAAGGGUAAAGGGUAACUAGAAAGAAAGAAAAGAAGACUUCAACAUCACGACAGUAAGGAUAGUAAAAGACAGCUAGCAAUGAAGGAAGAGCCUCACCUACCAGUGCCCAUCCAUCACAUUCUCUUUCCCCCUUCUUCUUCAUAACACCCCCCCUUUACCAUUUAAACCUUCUUCACUCUCCUCUUUUUCCUUUCAAACAAAAACCCUCUCUUCACUCAACACUACUCUAUUCUCUCUCUCUCUCUCUCUCUCCCAAAAUUAUCAAUUUUUAGUUUCAGGGUUUGAAUUGUGAAGCUAUACACUCUGCCCAAGAAUUUACUCAAAUUCAAUAAGAGAAAAUGGUUGGACCAAACUUCAUGGACGAAUUAGACUGCGGCAGUUUCUUUGAUCACAUCGACGACCUUCUUGAUUUCCCUGUCGACGAUGUUGAUACCGCUGCCGCUUCAUUGCCGUCCGUCGCCUCUGUCGGAAAUUGCAACUCGCUGGCGAGCAUUUGGCCUAAUGAGUCCGAGUCAUUCCCUGCUUCGGACUCGGUGUUUUCAGGCGGCAGUGCUUCUGACCUCUCGGCUGAACUCUCCGUUCCGUAUGAAGACAUUGUUCAAUUGGAAUGGCUGUCCAAUUUUGUGGAGGACUCAUUUAGUGAGGGGAGUCUCACAAUGAAGAAAGUGGAGCAGCAGCCAUCAUUCCCAUCAAUAUGUGUCCCCAAGGAGGAGUCUGUGCAUAACCAAUUCCAGACAUCAAGUCCAGUUUCUGUCCUUGAAAGCAGCAGUUCCUGCUCCGGUGGAAAGACCACAACAGGGAUUUACAUCCCUGUGCCUUGUGGGCGUGCACGCACCAAGCGUCCACGUCCUGCAACUUUCAACCCUCGUUCCGCCAUGCAGCUCAUUUCCCCUACUUCCUCUUCCGCAGGGGAGAAUGUGCAGCCAAAUGUCAUCUCCACCAAGGCGGCAUCUUCCGAUUUUGACAGUUUUGCUGAGUCUCGAAUUGUGGCCAAGAAACCAAAGCUAGCUUCUGGAGAGUCCAAGAAGAAGAAGAAAAUCAAGAUGCCACUUCCUGCUGCUGCUGCUGCUCCAGCUGACAGCGGCGAUCAGAAUGGUUCGCUACCUGUUAGGAAAUGCAUGCAUUGUGAGAUCACCAAGACACCACAAUGGAGGGCAGGGCCAAUGGGUCCAAAAACACUCUGCAAUGCUUGCGGUGUUCGCUACAAGUCGGGCCGGCUUUUCCCUGAAUACCGUCCUGCUGCUAGUCCAACUUUUUGUCCAGCUUUGCACUCCAAUUCCCACAAGAAGGUCCUUGAAAUGAGAGUCAAGGAUAUUGAGAAUUCCGGUUUUGAAUCACAUUCAGCUGCCUCACCCGAACUCAUUCCAAACACUAACAGCAUUCUCGCCCUGGAGUACAUUUGAAGGGAGAAUGAUCCUAGUUGGAGAUUUGUUUCGUUGCCUUCUCUAGUGUCGCGUCUUAUGUUAUUUCUUUUGUUGAAUUUUAUUUCUUUUGGUCAUUGGUUUUUGUACAGGGUUGGAAUGGGGGAUUAGAAGCAUUAGAUGAUGAUGAUGAUCAUAUUUUAGCAGUUAGAAGAAGAUUGUUAAUGAGAACAGAAGAAAAGGGGUUAGAUGAGAAGUUAUGGAAGUCAAAAAGGGUAGGGUCUUAGGCCUAGUAAUUUUAGGUAACUUAGGUCAUUAGGAGUUGGUGUCCCAGUUGUCUCUUUCUUUUUUCUUGGCAUUCUUUUUAUUUUUUCUAUCUUUUUAUAAUAUCCCUAUCCAUGGGAAUUCUUUUUGCAGUUUAUUUGUAGCAAAACUUCUGAGUUGAGUAAGAGACUUUAAGAUUUGCA